AUGUACCCCCAAGAGAAUUCCUUCCAGCCCUUGCAGUUCCUACUGCUGGUGGGGGUCCCAGUGGCAAGUGUCCUCCUCCUGGCCCAGUGCCUCCGAUGGCACUGUCCUCGCCGGCUGCUGGGAACGUGCCAGAAGCCAGGUGCAGAAGAAGAUGCUGUGUGCCAGCCCACUCCCUUACCCGAAAAUGAGACCUCAAGCCCAUGCCCGCCAGUGACCCUGUCAGAGAUGGCUGCCUUCUACCAGGAACUGAACACGCCCACCCAAGGCCACACAGUCACUCGCCAGCUGAUGAAUAAACUCCUGCUCUUCUCCGUUCGAGAGGUGGAUCACCGUGGUGGCUGCCUGAUACUCCAAGAUACUGGCAUCUCCUUGCUCAUCCCACCAGGUGCUGUGCCCAUGGGCCGCCAGGAGCGAGUGUCUCUGGUCCUGGUGUGGGAUCUGUCAGAUGCUCCAUCGCUAUCCAAGAACCAGGGGCUGGUGAGCCCUGUGGUGGCCUGUGGGCCCCACGGGGCCACCUUCCUGAAGCCGUGUACCCUUACAUUCAAGCACUGUGCCCAGCAGCCCAGCCAGGCCCGCACCUACAGCAGCAACACAAGCCUGCUGGAUGUCAAGGCCUGGAGGGCUCUGGGGCGGCCAGGGGCCUACACCUCCCGAGAUGAAUGUCGAAUCCCCCUCUCGCACUUCAGGGCUGUGUAUCUCCCAUCGACUUCUUGCCAGCCCAUUGAUGAGACCAGGGCCACGAGUGGCAUUAAUCUCAAGUGCGGUUGGGAGAAUGUGGAUGAUAGUAGUUGCCAGCUGGUUCCCCAUCUCCACAUCUGGCACGGAAAAUGCCCCUUCCGAUCCUUCUGCUUCCGGAAAAAAGCCAAUGAGAGUGAGGACUGCUCGGCACUAACCAAUGAGAUCAUUGUCACCAUGCACACCUUCCAGGAUGGCUUGGAGACCAGAUACAUGGAGAUCGUCAGGUUCCAGGCAUCUGAGGAGGAGUCCUGGGCAGCAGCACCCCCAGUCUCCCAGCCUCCCCCGUGCAACAGGCUGCCCCCGGAGCUCUUCGAGCAGCUUCAGAUGCUGCUGGAACCGAACAGCAUCACGGGCAAUGACUGGCGCCGCCUGGCUUCCCACCUGGGGCUCUGUGGCAUGAAAAUCCGAUUCCUGUCCUGCCAGCGCAGCCCCGCGGCCGCCAUCCUGGAGCUGUUUCAGGAGCAGAACGGCAGCCUGCAGGAGCUGCACUACCUCAUGACCUCCAUGGAGAGGCUGGAUUGCGCCUCGGCCAUCCAGAACUACCUGAGUGGGAAGCUGGCUGGCAGCCCGGCCCCUUCUCCAAGGCUCGCCCAGGAUAACCAGGGCCUGGAGCUGGAUGAGAAGCUCUGA